AUGGCCCAGCGCUCCUCUACCAGGGCCACUGUGUCUCAUCAUAAGUCUACCUGGUAUAGGGCCUGGGCUGGCCUGCCCCCGCAGAGAGGCAAAGGAUACACAGUGUCUGGUGGACCGCUGCACUUCACCCAACCGUGCUGGCCCAGGGCCCGGGCGGAGUGUGGGGAGGGCAGGGGUGUACAGUAUCGACUGGCAACUCCGACCUCAGGCAGAGUGCUGAGAGGCCUAUGGAUCUCUCCACCGGUCGGCCCGGACGGGGCUGACCUCACCAGACCUUUGCUCUUACUGCGCUGCGUUCGGACGGCCUCCCGUGGACUGUCCCGUGGACUGUCCCGUGGGUCAGCGUGCCGUCGUCCCGGCCUCCACCGCAGCCGCGCCCUCGCUCCGGCUCCAAGCAGAUUUAAUAGACGAGUAUCAGUGUGUGCAGAAGCUUAUAACCCCGAUGAGGAGGAAGAAGACACUGACCCACGGGUGAUUCAUCCUAAAACUGAUGAACAGAGGUGCAGACUUCAGGAAGCUUGCAAAGACAUUCUUCUUUUCAAAAAUCUUGAUCAGGAACAGCUUUCUGAAGUUCUCGAUGCCAUGUUUGAAAGGACAGUCAAAGUGGAUGAGCAUGUCAUUGACCAAGGAGAUGAUGGAGACAAUUUUUACGUCAUAGAACGGGGAACCUAUGACAUUUUAGUAACGAGAGACAACCAGACUCGUGCUGUGGGCCAGUACAACAACCGAGGCAGUUUCGGAGAACUAGCUCUGAUGUACAACACCCCGCGGGCUGCCACCAUCAUCGCCACCUCCGAAGGCUCCCUGUGGGGACUGGACCGGGUGACUUUUAGAAGAAUCAUAGUGAAAAACAAUGCAAAAAAGAGGAAGACGUUUGAAUCAUUUAUUGAGUCUGUGCCACUCCUUAAAUCGUUAGAGGUGUCAGAGCGAAUGAAGAUUGUGGAUGUGAUAGGAGAGAAGAACUACAAGGACGGAGACCGAAUAAUCACGCAGGGUGACAAGGCUGACUGCUUUUACAUCAUCGAGUCUGGGGAGGUGCGCAUCAUGAUCAGGAGCAAGACUAAAGCAAGCAAGGAUGCUGGAAGCCAGGAGGUUGAGAUUGCCCGCUGCCACAAGGGGCAGUACUUUGGAGAGCUCGCACUCGUCACCAACAAACCUAGGGCUGCUUCGGCUUACGCAGUGGGAACUGUCACCUGCUUAGUUAUGGAUGUUCAAGCAUUCGAGAGACUUUUGGGGCCCUGCAUGGACAUCAUGAAGAGAAACAUCUCACACUACGAAGAGCAGCUGGUGAAGAUGUUCGGCUCCAGCUUGGAUCUGACCGACCCUGGACAGUAGAUGUGCCACAUGCCAGAGCCUUCCAGUCAGCCACAGAGCACAGAGCACAGACACGACAGCCGUUCCUGCUGCGGCACCACUGCUGCGACUGCUGUGGUUUGGGGCAUUUAGGAAAUUUGAAAGUCAGCACUGGGCCGGGGAUGUAGCUCAGCGGCACAGCACCUGCCUGGCAAGCGCGAGGCCCUGAGUUCGAAUCCCAGUACCAAAAAAGGAAAGUCAGCACUAAAAGAUCAGCAGAGGUUUGACCCACACCUCCACUUCGCUUCUGGAAGCCCGUUAUUAAACCACUUGUCAUGAUUACUCCAA